AUGUCGGUCGAUUUCAAUGCAUUGGCCCAGCAGUUUUGCAACUUUUACUAUGAUCAGUUUGACAAGGAUAGAUCUCAAUUGGGCAACCUUUACAGAGAUCAUUCUAUGAUGACUUUUGAAUCAUCACAGAUUCAAGGAGGCAGAAGCAUUGUUGAGAAGCUUGUUUCUCUUCCUUUCAGAAAAGUGGGACACAGAAUCUCUACAUUGGAUGCACAGCCGGCCUCUGAGAACGGCGAUGUCCUUGUCAUGGUUACCGGAGAAUUGGUGGUUGAUGACGAGCAAAACCCUCAGAGGUACUCUCAAUGCUUUCACUUGAUUCCUGAAGCAGGUUCUUACUAUGUCUUGAACGACGUCUUUAGAUUGAACUACGGUUGA